AGUCGUCAACGGGCCGUCGCGAACUACAGACCCCACGUAUAAAUUCAUCGAUUUCAUCGCGUCACAUCGCGACUACCGUUUGCGAUAGCUGCAAAAACUUGCAGUUCUGUGUGUGUGCGUAUGUGUGUAUCGUGCUGAAAAAAAAAGACGAAAUAAAAAGAAAAGUCGCGCGAUGUUCAGCGACUCGAGCGACGACGAGCAGAGCGAGCUCGGCACGCCGAUAUGCUACAGGAAAAAGUCGCAGAAAUUGGGCAGCUCGUCCAUGACGAACUCGUCGGUGGUGUUUCGCAAUCUGUCCAAGGAGAUGCUGUCGAUCUGGAGCCGGCUGCCGGAGGCCGUCAGGCUCGAUCCGAGCUUGGCGGCUUAUCAGAGAGAUUACGACAACGUACACAAAUUCGGAGAGCCAAGCACUUCGAGAACUGGUUGUUUUGUAGUCAACAUGUCUUUGACGCACCGCUUAUUGGACGAUGUACAAGAAGAGGACAGAGGAAGCACCACCGAAAGCAAUCAAAUUAAUUCACACGCUAGAAAACUGAGUCCCAUUGCCAGGAAUAUAAAACUCAUUUUGCUCGUUUCGUGCUGGGCUAUUCUUUUUUUUGCCCUGAUGUCUACGAGGGCAAAAGUCGAAACUUUUAGCCAAAUUUCAGUGCCAAACGAUGAAAUCAAAGAUCUACCGAUUCAUGGCAAGCCGCAGUCGAAUAUUAUAAGUGUAGUUUUGGAAGGAGCCUUCGUAACCAAAAAUUAUACCAAUGCGACUCUGCUGGAGUACGACUUGAGCGUAUGGUUCGAGUUCGUGUACGAUUCUAGAUUAGGCAAAAAUUUUUCUUCGGUCAAGAACAUAUCGGAAGUCUGGAAGUUACCUAUAAUACCACCGUCAAUUUACAGCGACUUUUAUCCGAGUCAGAAGGAACGAAAAGUAUUUGACAUCGAUUAUUUUCCGAAUGAUCUCGGUCGAGGACAGAUAUUUUUAAAAUUCAAAACCAACGUCAACUCAACGAUGCCCGUCUCCGUGUACUACGAUACCUCGCCCAUCAAUACCGAGGACGGAAUCGCUCUGGGGGCUGCCGUAUUAGUCGGACUGUAUCUGCUCAUUAUUUUCGAGUUGAUCCAUAAGACGAUCGCAGCGAUGUUGGCAUCGACCAGUUCGCUCGCUAUCCUGGCUGCUUUGAACGAGAAACCUACGAUGACGGAAAUAAUGUCGUGGAUAGACAUCGACACGCUGCUGCUGUUACUCUCGAUGAUGAUAAUCGUCGCAGUAGUAGCCGAUACCGGAAUUUUCGACUAUCUGGCAGUCUACGCUUACGAGAUCACGUCCGGCAAGAUAUGGCCGCUCAUCACGACCAUCUGCAUGUUCACCGUCGUCCUGUCCUGCUUCCUGGACAAUGUCGCCACGAUCCUGCUGAUGACGCCCGUCACGAUUCGACUGUGCGAGGUGAUGCAGCUGAAUCCGGUGCCCGUGCUCACCACCAUGCUCAUCUUCUCGAACAUCGGCGGCGCCACGACGCCCGUGGGUGAUCCCCCGAACGUCAUCAUCUGCUCCAACAAGGCUGUGAUCGAUGCGGGAGUGAAUUUUAGUACGUUCAUGGCUCAUAUGGGUACCGGUGUCGUCAUUGUCUGCUUCGUGGUUUACGGAUAUUUCCGUAUAAUAUUCAGGAAUUUGGACGUAUUGAAAUUCGACGAACCCCAAGACGUACAGGAUUUACGUCACGAAAUAGUCAUUUGGCAAAGGGCAGCCGCGAGUCUAUCGAGCUACAGCAAAGAUGAAAGUAUCGUCCGAGGAACGCUGGAGAAAAAAGUCAAACGUUUGUUGCAGCAACUAAAACAGAAGCUCAACAACGACACGAUCAUGCGGGAGUAUCAUUACAAAAAUACAUUGGAGGAAUUGAAAGAGAAGUACCCUAUUAGGAAUAAAAUUCUCCUCGCCAAGUCCGGCAUGACCAUGCUGCUGGUGAUAAUUUUGUUCUUCCUGCACAGCAUACCGAAUUUUAAUCUGUCGCUGGGCUGGUCGGCGUUUUUAGGCGUCCUGCUAUUGCUGAUAAUAGCGGACAAGCAAGAUCUCGAUGGAAUAAUGGCUCGAGUCGAGUGGAGCACGCUGCUGUUCUUCGCGGCCUUGUUCGUUCUAAUGGAGGCGUUAACGAAACUCGGCCUGAUCACGUGGAUCGGCAGCAAGACCGAGCUCAUCAUCCUGUCGGUGGACGAGGAGUCGCGACUGGCGGUGGCGAUUCUGCUGCUGCUCUGGGUGUCCUCGAUCGCCGGGGCCUUCGUCGACAACGUGCCCCUCGCCACGAUGAUGAUCCGAAUCGCCACGAGACUGGCCGAGAAUCAAGAUCUACGGCUGCCGCUGCAGCCCCUCGUCUGGGCGCUGGCGUUUGGCUCUUGCAUGGGUGGUAACGGCACCCUCAUUGGAGCUACGGCAAAUGUUGUUUGCGCGGGGGUGGCAGAACAGCACGGCUAUCGCUUCACCUUCUGUCAAUUUUUCAAAAUGGGAUUUCCAGUAUUAUUAAUCAGUACAAUGACUGUAACAUUAUACUUAAUGGUCGCUCACGUAGCCUUUGAUUGGAAUUAUUGAUGUUUUUGUUCGUGUUAGUUUAUCUAUUUUUCUUUGUUUAUUUCGUGUUUCUUACUUUUUUAUCGCGAAAAAAAAGUAUAAAUUUUACGAUAGAGUUCGUUUACGUUAAGCUAACCACAAAGCCUAGAGAACAAAAAAAAACGAUAGCUCGAUAUAGAGCAAAAAAACCAUAAUGUUAAAUUACGUAUCAUAUGUAUAUCCGUUGUUAUCGUUCGUUGAUAUUUACACGUUGAAUAUCGCAUUAUUUAUAUGGUUUAAACUUGAAUGUAUCGCUCGCCACGCGCUAGUCCUUUUUUUAUGCAUUUGUAAAGUGUGCGUAUGUAGUUGGUAUGUCUAUGUAUAUGUAUAGUGAAUGUGUGUGCAUAAAUGCUGAUUGAGCGUAAUAAACAACAGUUAAUGAACUGUUAUUAUCCUUUGAA